AUGUUAUUUAUAAAACGAUCAGGUAAACACAUAACAAUUGCUCAAGUGUAUGUAGAUGAUAUCGUUUUUGGAUCCACACAACCAGGAGAGACAGACCAGCUAGUCAAGGUAAUGCAACAGGAGUUUGAAAUGAGCAUAAUAGGUGAACUAACCUAUUUUCUUGGAUUACAAGUGAGUCAAACUAAAGAAGGGAUUUUUAUUUCACAAGAAAAAUAUGCGAAAAAUCUUCUUCUAUCCAAAUUUGGGCUUGAAUCUGCAAAAGAUGCUCGUACUCCAAUCUCUACGACUUCAAAAUUGCUCAAAGAUGAAAAAGGAACGUCUGUAGACUCUACUAUGUACAGAAGUAUGAUAGGCAGUCUACUAUACUUAACAGCUAGUCGGCCAGAUAUUAUGGAUACAGUGAUGCUGACUGGGCAGGAAAUGCUGACGACAGAAAAAGUACAUCAGGCGGAUGUUUCUUUAUCGGAAAAAAUCUAG